AUGUCAUCAUUUAAAAGGAUUUUAAAAAUAUUACAGCUUACAUUAAUCAUCGCUGCCCUGGCUCUAGUAAGCGCUAGGCCGCAAGAUGGACACGGUCAUGGUCACGCAGUCUCCUCGCAGAGUAUAGUGCUACACACGAGCCAUGGACAUGAACAUCACGGCCACACUCCUGCUCACCACCAAAUACUCACGACGCAGCAUUUUGAACACGGCGGUCACUAUGACCUAGGACACCACGAGGUGCAACACCACGGAUACGCUCAAGUACAUCACCAGCCAAUACACCACGGACUCCAACAGGUCCAAUACCACGGGCAUCAGGACGAUCAUCACCAUGGACACGAAGAGCACCACGUCGACUACCAUGCUCAUCCUAAAUACGCUUUCGAGUACAAAGUAGAGGAUCCUCACACCGGCGACAACAAGUACCAGCACGAAACACGUGACGGUGACGUCGUGAAGGGCGUGUACAGUCUGCACGAGGCCGAUGGUACCAUCAGGACUGUUAAAUACGCGGCCGAUAAACACUCCGGAUUCAACGCUGAAGUGCACCGUGAAGGUCACGCCAAACAUGUAGUGCCUGAACAUCAACAUGGACAUUAG